AUGAUCACCGGCACUAAACGCUAUCGUCAUUACGACAAAAGUUCCAGCACCCCAGGGAUCAGUCCGAAAUAUGGUCGCAUCACCAUAUCAUCAUUUGAGCAUGCGCAUGACACUUUCGGACCAAAUUGCAUUGAACUGGACAAUCGGGAACGACAACGCCAGCGCAGUGUGAAUCAAGCGUUUGUGGAUUUACGUGCACUGUUACCCACUUAUCCACCGGAUAAAAAAUUAAGCAAACAUGAAAUAUUGCGUCUCAGUAUCAAAUAUAUUCAUGUCCUUGAGGCUAUCUUACGACAUCAGGAAAAGGUGGACGGUUUGCCUCCGGCUCCGCCUAUCCCACCGAUCACAAGUGAUGCUGUAUUAUGUCAUUCCUCGGAAGGGGAUACAAGUCGUUCGAAUUCACGCAUGUUUUGUGUUUCUCAUCACCCGGUCUCUGUGGAUUCUGAUGAUCAGACGCCGUCAUUCAGUUCACCACAUGCACUAUCUCCUUCUGUUCACAGAGGCAAUACACAGUUGACUCCAUCUUAA